CUGACGGUCGGUGGCAGAUAAACUCGCAAGCGGCACCAGCAGCAAUGGCGGCUCCCAGCAGAAAGCAGACUUUAAGGUUUCUCAGCCAGUUGGGGGCGUUUAUUUUGACCCGGUUCGGGUUUUGGAACUGCUUCAGCAUGUUGAUGCUGUUUGCUGAGCGGGCGGACUCAAAAAGGAAGCCAGACAUCCAUGUACCGUACCUGUACGUGGACAUGGGGGCGGCGGUGCUCUGCGCCAGCUUCAUGUCCUUCGGGGUGAAGAGGAGGUGGUUUGCGAUGGCCGCUGCCGUACAACUGGCCCUCAGCACUUACGCAGCGUAUGUUGGAGGACAGGUGUACUACGGGGACUGGCUUAAGGUACGAAUGUAUUCCAGAGCGCUGGCCGUCAUUGGAGGCUUUCUGGUUCUGGCCAGCGGGGCGGGGGAGGUGUACAGACAGAAGCCUCGCAGCAGAUCCCUGCAGUCCACGGGACAAGUUUUCCUGGGAGUUUACCUCAUCUGCAUGGUGUACUCCCUCCAGCACAGCAAAGAGGACCAGCAGGCCUAUCUGAACCACAUCGUGGGAGGAGAGAUCACCCUGAUCCUGCUGCAGGUGCUGUUCGGGGUGCUGGCUCUGGCCUUUCUCUCCGGCUACUACGUCCGCCUGGCCGCUCAGAUCCUGGCCACCGCCCUGCCGCUGGUGAUCCUGCUCAUUGACGGCAAUCUGGGCUACUGGCACCACAAUCGCAAGGUGGAGUUCUGGAACCAGAUGAAGCUGAUCGGACACAACGUGGGCAUCUUCGGCGCCGUGCUGAUCCUGGCCACUGACGGUUGAACCCUUCGGGGCUCCCAAAGGGGGAGGGGGGUGAAUGUUACAGACCGAGGUGCCUGCGCAGGAUGCGGUUGUCGGCCUCCGGGGCCGGAGCCUGACUUUGUCCUCAAAGCUGCCGUCGCUCGGUGACCCCUCAGGAUUCAAACACUCCGGGCUUGAGACUGUUGGAUGUAAGCGCCGGCGAUUGUCGUUGCGCACCAGUUGGUAUCUUUUUGCUUUUUGCAAGAAAAAAGGAGAAAAAAAAAACACAAGCUUCCUCUUUUUUUUUUUUGGGUGCAAUUUAAUAAUUUAUUUAGAUUCAUGAUUACAUUUUUGUAUCUGUGAGGCUCUGAAAACAUGACGAUAAUGUGGAGUAUUGCUACCGUCUGUAUGCAGAGAAUAUUCUGUCUGCUCCAAAACCCAACAUUAAAUGGGUUUAAUGUUGCACAGUAUGUGGUUUAAAUCAUUUGCAAAUAAAGAGGAACUUAAAAAUGUAA